AUGAGCGCCCUGAAUCAUCGCGAAACAUCCGGAUGUCUUGACAGUAAAUCUGUUGGAAUUUGUCUUCUUCUCAUUGUAAAUGUUUUAUGGGUACUUUCAUCGGAACUUACGAGGUUCAUCUUUGUCGACGAAGAAUUCCGUCGACCGUUCUUCACAGUAUACGUCAAGUCAUGUACUCUUAUUAUCUACAUGAUACGAUAUUUGUUAUUCGAAGCGAAACAUGACAACUCAUACAAAAUUCUGAUAAGUGAGAAUAGUAUCGACUCGGAAACAUAUGAAUUGAGCUGUGAAUCAUUGGCAUUAGAAGGAUAUGAGUCAGUGACUGACGUGGAUUCAGAUGUCGAAUCAAUUAUAGUUGAUGGGGAGAAACGACAGAGGAAAAUACGAUUUGCAGAGAGAAGAGAAAUCCGACGGAUGCCAGCGUCAAAUGCAGAAGAUCAACGAAAAGCCCGUCUGCCGUAUCGUCAUCCGUCUAUCGAGUGUCAAUUAUAUCUCUCCCGUCAUGUCAAAUACACACUGUUCUACUUUGCACCAUUGUGGUUGCUGUGCUCGUUCACUUAUCAAGCGGCUCUCGCCUUUACAUCUGUCUCCAGUCUGAAUCUCGUUUCCAGCUCCUCUUCUGUCUUCGUUUUAGCGUUCGCCAUCUGCUUCCCUAGUGCUAACAACAAGUUUUCAGCGUAUAAGUGUCUACUAGUAAUCAUCAACAUCGCGGGAGUUCUCAUUGUCUCUCAUUAUAUUCCCUCAUUUAUUGGUGCUCUUUUCGCUCAAAUAUCCGCAUUGGCAUAUGCCGUUUAUCUCUUCACUUAUGGACAUUUUGAGGAGAGAUACGGAAAGUUGGAUAUCAAUUUGAUGUUUGGAACGAUCGGAGUGAUAGCCUUAGUGAUAGGAACGCCUACACUAAAUUUAUUAGAUAAAUUCGGUGUGGAGCCACUGCAUCCUCUUCCAAAUAUGACACAGUUUUCUUCGAUAUUGUUUUCAGCUCUUAUCGGAACAAUAGUUGCUGACUACUUAUGGCUGCUGGCAGCUGGAAUGUGUGAUUCAUUAACCGCUUCAUUAUCUCUGACAAUCAGCAUUCCACUUUCAUUUUUCGCCGACACUGUGAUUCGAAGUAAGGCCCCAACACUCGCGCAAAUUCUCGCAUCAAUACCAAUUUUACUGGCAUUUGUUGGUGCCGCCUAUGCACAAAGCUCUUCAGUAUCAAUACGAAAAGGAUUGUCGAAGCGAGUGAGGAAAGUGGAAUUGUCACCGGAUAAUGAACAAUUGAUAGAUAGUUUGUUAGACGAGUAG